AUGGAUUCCUCAGCUUCUCUGGUAACACUAAAGUGUUCAUCUUCUCGCAGAGCUCCUUCGCUUUCUCCACCAACAUCGUCACUUCGAUUGUUGUCGUGGUCGUCUUCUUCUUCUCUUCUUGAACCUUCAGACUUCCCUGAACUCUGUCACGGGUCGGUAUCUCCGUUCUACCCCCUCGCUCCCGUUGCCUCCUCCGGCGUUCCCUUCUCCUGGGAGAAGAUCCCGGGAAUCCCCAAGAACCAAUUGUCCUGGAGGACGGCGCAAUCUCCAUCCACCAGCCCCCUCCUUCCCUUACCUCCUGCCGCCGUUGCCUCUGCUGCUUCUUCUCUGUCCUCCAAGAAACACCGGCUCAGCAGAACGGCCUCCGCCGCUAGAAGCAGCAAGAGAGACCCUUUUGUUUCGGCGAUCGUCAAGUGCUCGAAGGACGACGGCCGAGAAAUGACUGGGAAUCACCGGGUUGUGGCCAGGGUCUCGAGGAGGAUAAGCAAUGGCUUGGGGUUUGUUAACCUCGCAUCUUGCAAGCAAACCUGCGCGGUUUCACACUCCGUGGUCUACGUCACGGGAUCGAACAGAGCAUCCUCCGAUCUAUUUUGCCGCAGAAUCGGUCAAGCAUGA